AUGCUGUCAUGGCUACCCCCAGCAGACGGACUCUCCCUGUUCGAUCUCACCUCUGGUGCCUCUCUUGCCCCGCCUGCUGAUGCUGACAGCACUGUUCGCUCACAGUGGGCCACGCGCGAUGCUGCUGCCCGUCUUACCGUGCGUCGCCACUUACCGACCGCUGAGCGUGCGCACUUUAGUCAGUACAAGAGUGCUAAGACCUUGUACGACGCUGUAGUUGCACGCUACUCUUCCCCUGCCACUGCUGCUCUUAGCCGCCUCAUACUGCCGUACCUGUUUCCUAACCUCGCCGCCUUUCCCACUAUAGCUGACCUCGUUACGCACCUUCGCACUAGUGACACCCGCUACCGCGCUGCGCUUCCUGCUAAGUUCUGCGCCAAGAACUCCCCCCCCCCCCCCCCCAUGUACAUCACCCUCUACUACAUAGUCACCCGGCUCCCUGACUCCCUUCGCUCGGUCAGGGACCAAUUCCUCUCUGUUUGCCCCACCACACUCACCGUUGACCUCCUCGAGGAGCGCCUCCUGGCAGCUGAGAAGAGUAUAGUCGCUGUAGGAGCCUCUAGAGGUGACCCGCGUGCCCCUGUCUUUGAGGGGUGCUCCCCCUCCCCCCUUUUGCCCUCUGUUGCCUCUGCUGCUGCCGUCGACUUCGUUGGCACCGAGUCGGUCGGCGCUGCGUCUGCCCCUAGCGGGCGACGCCGCACCGGCAAUGGCAAGGGGGGCAAGGGCGCUGGAGGAGCUGGUGGGGGCGGUGGAGGUGGGGGUACUGGUCCGUGUACCUACGUCCUGCGUACCGGCGACCGCGCUAGUGAGCAGUGCGGGGGCUCGCACUCCACCCAGCGCCGCUUCGGCCGCCUGACGGACGCUUGGCGUCACCAGUUCCCUGACGCCACUGAGAUCCCUCAUUGGGGAGAGCUGUAUAGGGUGGGGGUUACUACCUUUGAUCUUGACUAUGAUGCAAUUCUUGCUGCCAUGUAUACUGUGUCUACUAGUGAUGAGGGUGACUGUUACCUGUGUGUUCCGCCUGACCCGGGCAUUGAGGUUGCUGCUCUAGGUGCUGGUGAGGCUGCUGCUCUAGGUGCUAGUGCGUCUGCUGCCCCAUGUGCUGGUGAGUCUGCUCUCUCAGGUACCACGUCGGCUCAGGCCUUACACACCUUCACCCUUGACUCGGGUGCUUCCCGCUCCUUCUUUCAAGAACGCACCACGCUUACGCCGCUAAAGUCGGCCGGUUGCGGUCUCCCUGGCGGACCCCUCUAG